UUCGCACCCUUUCGGGGAUUCCCGUAACUCCUUUGCAUGCAAACCUGUGGACCAGUCAUACAGUGUGAUACAGUCAUCGUUUACGUUAACACGCAAUUGAAACAUAAGUCGCGAAAGAAAUAAGACGCAUUAAUAAGCAGCAGAAUUAAUCGAUCAUGCACAUCCAUACAUUCAAGAAUUAUUAAAAAACUAGUGAAAUAAUCUAUUCUCCGUUAAAUUUAAACAUAUAUUUUGUUUCCCGUGCAAAAUUUCCGAAUCCCGAAAGUCCCAAGUACUCGUAAUAAAAACAUUAACCGCGGAACGAACGAUGCUAUAUUUAAUAUCUAGCAACACAAAUUCAUUAGGUAUGUACGCAUAAAAACGUAGUGAAAUGACGAUUCGUAAAGAAAUAAAACAAUUCUACAAUGAAAGCUCUUGCUGGGUUUUGCGCGCGAAAAUGUUCUGAUGUUUCGAUUAUUUGAAUUCACUGAAGUAAUUAAUCGAGUGCAUAUUUCGAUACAUUAAAUGAUUAACACGGUUGAGGAGCUUAAAUUACUAUAAGGUAAUACUGGGUAAUGCGUCUGCAAACAUUGCAGUCUGUUUUAUCAGCAUGAUGCCGUAUUCACUGGAGCCCAGAUAAUAAAUGAAGCAGAAUAUCUGCAAGGCACAGGGAACAAGUUACUGUAAAGCUUCUAAAUGGAGGAGCAGACGCCGACUACGGAAGUUUUGAUCUCAAACACCGAGCAGGUUGUGCCAGAUUCUAGGACCCUUCCGCCAAUAUGGAAGGAUUCGUAUACCCAGAUUAUCGGUGCCUGCAUUGUUCACUUGCUAACUAUUCAAGCUGGAAUAAACAUGGCGUUCUCUGCAAUAUUGACAGCACAUUUAAAAGAGAAAGGAAAUGAUGACGUAAUACAACUUAUGCCUGGGCAAGACGGUUGGAUUGCCAGUUUGGUCACGAUAUCUACACCCAUUGGAUCACUCCUGUCUGGCCGGUUAAUUGACAAAUUUGGACGAAAGAAUGUCAGCAUGUUCAUAUGUAUUCCAUACCUGAUUUCCUGGAUCUUGAUUUAUUGGUCCUACAACAUAGUCUGGCUAUAUGUUGGUAGAUUUUUGGCGGGUGCGGCAGCCGGACUUUCCAGCGUUGCGAUAUACUACACUUCAGAAACGACACAUCCAGUCUGGCGGCCAAUGCUCCUAGGUUUGACUUCGGUUAACGUGUCUUUUGGUAUCCUGUUGACAUCUGUACUUGGCAAGUGGCUUUACUGGAGAACGGUUGCAGUUGUAUUUGCCGUUUUUACUGCUGUUAUAUUCUAUUUCAUCACGACUCUCCCAGAAAGUCCGCAUUGGCUCUUGUCCUUCAAAAAUGGUACGCAAGAUGCACACAGGAUAGAUCAGGCCCGGAAAUCAUUGAAAUACUUCAAUCGUAAUAACGCAAAAGCUGAGAGGGAACUGGUCGAAUUACUCAAUAAUUAUCGUACGAGCAGAGUAGAUGUCCCGAUGAGACAGGACGAGACAUUAAAGGAGAAAUUGAAAAGCUUCAAGAGACCGGAAAUAUACAAGCCAAUUGUCUUGCUGCUAAUUAUUUUCUUUUUUCAACAAAAUACCGGGUCUUACGUGAUAGUUUUUUAUGCCGUCGAGCUGUUUGAAGAAUUAGGCGGACAGUUUGGCUAUCUCGAUGCGUAUUGGGCGAUGAUACUGAUGGGGGCGAUUCGCUUCGUAAUGGCAAUAAUCGCGAUGAUACUUUCGUUAAAAUAUGGUCGGCGAAUGUUGUGCAUCAUCAGCGGACUCGGAAUGGGAUUAUCGAUACUGUCCGCCUCGCUUUACACGCAUCUCAGCCAAUUUGACACAAAAAUUCCCACUUUGGUAUUCGUCCUCGUCUUUGUGUGCUUCAGUGCAAUUGGUUGGCAAACGAUUCCGUGGUCAUUGACCGGGGAACUACUGCCUACCAAGCUCAGAGCUAUCGUUGGAGGAAUAAUGACUAGUUACGCCUACUUGAUGAUGUUUCUUGUCGUCCUCACGUUUCCAGCUCUCAAGGAACUGAUCGACGUCAAGGGUGUUUUUCUAAUUUAUGGUAUCAUCUCUUUCGCAAGCACGGCAGUCGUUUGGAAAUACUUACCCGAAACACUCGGUAAAACGUUAACGGAAAUUGAACAUUUCUUCAAAUAGCCCCCAAGAAUAGUCGGGUAAUAUAUAUUUUUUUUCUCUUAAUGUAAUUCACACAAAAUUGCAGUUUAUAUUUAAUUUUAGAUUCUGCAUUUAAUGAUUUUUUCACUUUUCGAGUCCCAUUCAAUCCUGCAUGUAUUCGUCAUUUUCUAUUUUUAUGUAGGUCCUAUACAUACGAUUUUAUUUUGUGAUAUGUCAUUGUCACAAUUCACAAUUAUUUUUAUUAUAUUUUAUAAUUACAUUACUAUUUUUAUACUACCAUAAUUAUUACUGUUAUUGUUACCACGGUGUUUCGAUGAUAACUUAAGAUGUGUCGAACGCCAUGCAACGCGGGUAUUUUUUACGACAAUAUGAACCAAUUUUUAACGAUCAAUGAAUAAUAAAAUCAGUAGAACAAAUAGUUGGCAAUUGGGCUUCAAACCAGUGAAGAAGUAGAUAUUUGAGGUCCAGGGAUAAUAAAGUUUUACAGUUAAAGCCGAAAAUGAUAGGACUUGGCAAUGAUAUUUCUUCAGAAUUAUUUAAAAACUGCAUAUUCAAUAUUGUUUGAUUAAUACAGAAUUACUUUUACAAUGAAAUUGGUGAUGAUGUGUAAAAUAUAAAAUUUAUAAUUAAGAUAUUAAUUCUGUAAAUGAGAGGGAUGAACAAAAAAAAAUUUGUUACUUUCAACAUUUGUUUUUUUGUUUCAUGAGGUGUACGGAGCUUAAAAAGAAUUUGUAUUGUACUGAUAAUUGGUAACAAUAAAUUAUAACUUUGAACACUUGCCAAAUUUAUUGAUUUCAGCUGCACAAAUAACAAAAAUUUGAAUUCAAUUAGCAAGAAUAACAGUAUAAUCUAUCCCAGCGCAGGUUAGUUCUGCCGGAAAAGCAAACUCGUUCAUUGUCAGUCAAAACAUUUGAAAUGAAAAAAUAGUCUGGCUGAAUAUGUAUGUCAAUAUUAACGCCAAAGCAUUCCGGUCACCAGUCGGAGUAUAAUAUUUCUUAUCGAAAUAAAAAACUUGUCAAAUUCUAAAUCCUUAAU